AAAUGGUGCCAGGUGUCACCAAAGUGAAAACAAUCCAAUAAAGACAUAUUUUUCAUACUUUUUACCCUUUGUAAGACAUGUGUGUAUGCUUGGUAGGUAGUCGGGAUGUGCAUUGGGUUGGUGGCUCCGGCCAUUUUGUUUGAUUUUGGUUGGUUAGAGUAUGGAUAAGGGUGUUUGGCGAAGGGCGCAGUCGAACAAAGACAGAGAAGACAUGGACGGCUCACACAGUAUUUGUACAACGAAUUGCUUUUGAUAAGAACGAGGACUCCAUACAGUAUUUCCUCACUCAAAAGUGGCAGAAACCUCACCCAAUUGCUGGACGUUCGUUUCUCAGCAUCCACAUUUUUGUUGGGGAAUUUGUAUCAGCCACCCUUCUUCCACCCCCCUCACCAACUUCCAAACGAUAUCUCUGAUUGAGCACACCUCCAUUGCCUUAUGUUGAAUAAGUCGAAAAGAUCAUUCGCCUUUAACGCCGGGAAACCCAUUUUGAAUAAGUGAGUGAGGCAAGUUUAAUCUUCCGACCUCAGGAAUUGUUCGUUGGGUCAUGAUAACUUGUUGAAAAGGAAUCCAACGUAUGAUAACUUUUGCGACCAUGAGGAGCUUCAGAAGUGUUCCAUGCCUGGGAGGGCUUUUGGUGGGCGCUAUUAUUGGCGUGGUGUCCGGACAACCGACGGUGAAGUUCACCGUGUGGGGAAAUUUGAUUCUCAAUGCGGGGUAUGGAUUGGAUUACGCAAAUGUCACAUGCACAGCCACCUCUGACGCUCCUGAUGGGGAGUUCAUUUGGAUGAUCGGGGAGAAGACCCUUGACAACUCCAAUCCUGUUAACCUUGUUGACCCUGGUACCUUCAGCCAAGUUUUCAAAGUCAAACCUUUCGUCAGAUACAAUGAUUUGCCGCUACGUUGCAAGUACAUCGAAAAGGAUUCCUCUGGACAAGUUUUGUCCGAAGAUGAGGAUAAGCUGAUGUUGAAAAUUACCAAAAUCGAUCUGCCCACGAAAAUCAAUGCUGGAAAGUAUUUGAAAGGAGGACCAGUGGAACUUUCCUUCGAGUUUAAAGUGUUUCCAAAGCCUGAUGAAAAAGACAUGUUUUGGGUGGUCAGAGACAUGGUCAAUGAUACAACAAAAAAAUAUGGGCUGGAUACCUCAAUGGACGGUCUUGAAAUCCUGCCAAUUAUGCAGGUGGGAGACGAAACUUAUAGAACAACUCUUACGAUCAACAAUGCCUCGGAAAUUGAUGCCAAAAAAUCUUAUGCUUUUCACAUUAUCCACUUGAAAAAAGAAAGAAC